ACCCCCUCACCGAGCCAGUUUCCUGUAGUGGCUGCUCGGAGCGAACAGGAAGAGCUUGUGCUCUGAGCAAUGCAGGCUCAGGUGAGACAGAGCUUCCACCCAGACAGCGAGGCUGCCAUCAACAAACUUAUCAGCAUCAAGUACUACACCUCCUACGUCUACCUAGCCAUGUCUUUUUAUUUCGAACGGGAUGAUGUUGCACUGGAGAACUUUGCAAAGUAUUUCCAUGACCUGUCAGAACUGCUGCGUAAAAAUGCUGAGGAGCUGAUCAACUACCAGAAGCUCAGAGGAGGUCGAGUCCAGCUGGAGAAUAUUGAGAAACCAGAAAGGCGAGAAUGGACAAAUGGGCUGGAUGCUGUUCAGUUUGCACUCGAUCUGCAGAAAAGUAUCAACAAGUCUCUCCUUGAACUUCAUCACCUGGCCUCCAAUAAACAUGAUCCUCAGAUGUGUAACUUCCUCGAGUCCAACUUCUUGAACAGCAACGUAGAAAUCAUGAAAAAGCUGGGAGAUCAUGUCACAAGCCUCAAGAAGUUGACUGUGGGCCAGACAAGUGGAAUGGGCGAGUACCUCUUUUAUAAACACACCCUCGGGUAAAAGGACCUGACUGUGGGAAUGUCAAGUCUCUCCCUUUAUAACCCCCACCUCUCCUGGGCAGAGCUGAAAUCCAAAGCGUUUUAUGCUGCUUGGUGAAGCAAUGAAAAUUGGAAGGAAGUCUUUGUUCAUGGAGUGACAUUGUCGAUAUUAUGUAAUAAAUAAUUCUAAUUGAAAAGGAUCACAAA